AUGAUUCAACAAAUUAUUAAUAACAAGAGAAUCUAUAACAAUUUGGUAAAAGAAAAGAAUGAGAGAAAAUUAAAAUUAAAUACAACAAAUGCUAUCACUACUACGAAUAAUGAUAUUGUGAUUUCAAUUGAAGAUGAAGAGAAAACUAAUGAUGAAAGGGGAGAAAAAAACAACAAUGGUUCGGAAGAUUAUUAUGUUCUAGAAAAAGGUUAUGAUGAUAAUAAUUCAGAAGAUUCAGGAGAUGAGGUACCACCAGAAGUUGAACAAUUAAAUGACUUCAGAACAAGUGUGGAAUUAUUGGAGUAUUUGGAACUGGACUUUCACGAAGAGAAAACUAAUGAUGAAAGGGGAGAAAAAAACAACAAUGGUUCGGAAGAUUAUUAUGUUCUAGAAAAAGGUUAUGAUGAUAAUAAUUCAGAAGAUUCAGGAGAUGAGGGUGAUAAUAAUUACAAAGGUUCAACGCAUGAAGAGAUUCAAAUUUAA